AGAUGACUUUUGGGGAUUAUUCUGUCACUCCCUGGGAAUAUAACACAAAACGUCUGGGGACUUUUUCCUCCCUGGAUUCAGUGGACGAGAUUGCUGAAAGAUUAUUUUUCUGCCAUGGAUAAAAAUAAACACAACGCCGCUAUAAGUAGGUACAUUUGCAGUGAGCGACAGCUAGGAGAACAGUUCAGGGCACGAGCCAAAGGCGCACACACCAACUAACAGAGAGCAGGACUGCAUUUUUCUACGGAUCCUCUUCUCUACGCACCUCUCGGCCAGUGACUCACACCUCUGCACCUCUUGCUGAGCCAUUAUCACCAUGGAAACCCCAAGCCAGAAACGCACCAGCCGAGGUGCCUCCUCCCCGACCCGCAUCACCAGGCUGCAGGAGAAGGAGGACAUGAUCAACCUCAAUGACCGGCUGGCCGUCUACAUCGACAAGGUGCGCUCGCUGGAGUCGGAGAACGCCGGUCUGCGACUGCGCAUCAAUGAUUCAGAAAGCUGUGUUACCCGGGAAAUGUCGGGCAUUAAGGCGGCCUACGAGGCGGAGCUGGCCGACGCCCGCAAAACCCUGGACCAGGUGGCCAAGGAGCGAGCACGCAUGCAGCUGGAGCUGAGCAAGAUCAGGGAGGAGUACAAGGACCUCAAAGCCAGGAACGCUAAGAAGGAGUCUGACCUUGAGGCGGCUCUGAUCAGGCUGAGGGAUUUGGAGGCCCUGCUGAACUCUAAAGAAGCCUCCCUCUCCACGGCCAUGGGGGAGAAGCGGACCCUGGAGGCGGAGUUGAAGGACCUCAAGGCCCAGCUGGCCAAGUUGGACGGCAGCUUAGCCGAUGCCAAGAGGCAGCUUCAGGAUGAGAUGCUGAGGAGAGUGGACGCCGAGAACCGCCUGCAGACCGUGAAGGAGGAACUGGAGUUCCAGAAGAACAUCUUCAACGAGGAGCGGCGUGAGUCCGAGCGUCGCUACAGUUCUCGCAUGACUGAGGUGGUCAGCGGGCGGCAGCAGGAGUUUGAGAGUAAGCUGGCCAUCGCCUUGAUGGAGAUGAGAGCCCAACACGAGGAGCAGCUCGCCCUCUACAAGGAGGAGGUGGAGAAGACCUACAACUCAAAGCUGGAGAAUGCCCGUCACUCCGCCGACAGGAACAGCCAUUUGUUGGGAACCAGUCAUGAAGAGCUGCAGCAGUCCCGAGUUCGAAUUGAGGGCAUGUCAGGCCAGCUCAUCAUGCUGCAGAAACAGCUGUCAGCGAGCGAGGCCAAGGUGCGGGAGCUGGAGGAGGCGAUGUCGAGGGAGCGGGAUCUGAUGCGGCGGCGACUGGAUGAUAAAGAGCGGGAGGUUUCUGAAAUCCGUAGUCGACUCCAGCUGCAGCUCGAGGAGUACCAGGAGCUACUGGACAUCAAACUGGCCCUGGACAUGGAGAUUAAUGCUUACAGGAAGCUGCUGGAGGGAGAGGAGGCGAGGCUGAGUCUCUCACCCGGCACUACACCCACCGCCAAGGUCACAGUGACACGGUCCUCUGGCUCCUCCCACAGCAAGAUCAGCCGUGCGCUCCAACCUUCCGGCCUCGUGGCUGCCACCGGCACCGCCUCCAGCAGCCGCAACUCCUCCGGAACAGCCACUGCCAAGAAGCGCCGCCUCAAUGACAACGACAGCGAGACCUCCAGCAUGGUUGGAGGCUCUGUGACCAAGACUCGCAUUAGCCAGAACGCCUCAGCCAGCGGCCGCGUCACAGUGGACGAAGUCGACCUGGAGGGCAAGUUCAUCCGUCUCAGCAACAAGGCCGACGAGGAUCAAUCUCUGGCUAACUGGCAGGUGAAGAGAGUAGUAGGUAGCACCAACCCCAUCAUCUACAAGUUUCCCCACAAGUUCACUCUGAAGGCCGGAGGAACUGUCACUAUCUGGGCAGCCUCUGGAGGAGGAACCCACAACCCCCCCACUGACCUGGUGUGGAAGAACCAGAGCUCCUGGGGCGCCGGCGACCUCCUGCAGACUAUCCUUAUCAACGCCAACGGAGAGGAAAUGGCCAUGAGGAAGGUCACACGCACCCUGUUCCACGAGGAUGAAGACGAUGACAUGGGAGCUCACAGCACGAGCGGGGGAGACAAUGAGUACAACCUGCGGAGCCGCACGGUGAUCUGCGACUCCUGCGGGCAGACGGCGGACCGCCCAGGUGGAUGUGGCAGCGGGGGUCUACCUGAAGGCCUCGGGGGACAUACCUUUUUCAUGGGGGGGAACGAGCCCAGAAAGGGCCGUGCAAAGCCGGAGAACUGCUCCGUCAUGUAAAAGCCAGACACCACCUCACCUUGAACCCACCACCUCCUGCAGCUCAUAGAGGAGAAGACCAUAUUUUCCUCAAUUGGGUUGUUCGUCUUUAUUUUUUAUAUGAUGUUAUUUUUUGUAUUAAUCUAAAUCUGCAGGUUAGGAUUGCUUUAUGGUUUUCGGGGGAAAGGGCACAGGGUUUUCAUAUUCAGCUUUUAAUUUUGUAUUUCAAGUUAUGUUAUUGCAUGUGUGCUGCGCUUAAUGCUUGUCUUGCUCUUGUUUUUGCACAUUCUCACACACUACAACACACUCUACAACACACACUACAACACACACACACACACACACAGCUCCAUUGACCAGUGCUUGCGCUUUGAUCCCAGUCGGGGUUUCACAUUUAAUGGGCAUGCUGUCAACUCUCAACACGCACAGCUAGUGAACCCUGUCAGGAAUAAGUCUCAGCCAUACAGACCAUAGGAAAUUAAUCCUGUGGGUUUUUUUUUUUAUCAUGUUUAUCUGCCAUCAAAUCAGUUCAAAUCUUAUUUGAGAUGUUGUUUACAAUGACAUUUGCUUGUUUGUCUUUUUUGAACCAGUGAUUUGAUGUGUUAACAUGCUAUAGAUAUACAUAAAGGUUUGUUUCUGUUUUGAUAAACGUGAUGAAAACUCUGCAAAGAAAGCCAAAGUACUGUAAGCUCAGGAUGUUCUGCUUUUUGUUUAGCUUUAGACAAACAUGUCCAAGUAGUUUUUUUUAUAUGGAUUCAGAUCAUAGGAUGCGCUGUUAUGUGCACAGAGAAAAUAAUUAUUUGAGAGGAAUAUUUUUUUUCCUGCAAGUCGAAGCUCAAACCCAGAGCUGUAUUUCAUUAUGUUUUUGAACAUUUGUGGAAAAUAAGGAAUUAUUGUUUGCUGGACAAGAUGAAUGUACCCAGUUAAAUGUGUAUCUUGGUAUGAUAUACAUGUUUACCUUAUUAAUCCAAAGAGGUUCAGGAAAAGAGGUACUUGUGCCAUACAUACAGUAUAUAUUGGUGAGCUUAUUCAACCAAAUGAAAAUUAUUCUAACAGAAAGCUGUUGCUGCUAUUUUCAGAGUGCAACACUAAUUUUUUGAGACAUUUGAACAAGCUUUUUUACAGAUAUAAAAACAACAAAUGUGCCUUUUUUAAGAGGACAGAGAACGACAAUCACUGUUCUUUCGGCUUUCUAUCACGGUCUUGUGACUGUCAGCUGUCUGAUUUGUGAUGCUCAUAAAAACUGGUCAAAAGGGCUUUUUUUUUUCCUUUCCUGUAAGCUUACUGGCUUUGCAAAUCCCCGUGCAUGAUUUUGGGAUUUGAAUAGGAUUGUGGGGUUUCUAUACUCUGUUGCUUCAUGCACUGCUUUUAUUGAAGGUCUCGCCAAAUAAGCACAACAGGACAUUUGUACUGUUGUCUGGCAGCUUAAGCCAUUUAUACUUCAGUGAAAAGCAUAUCAAAGCAUUUAAGGAAAAUACUUGAUAGCUGUUUUUUUUAUGUUUUAUUUUGAAUUGGACUUAAUAGAUGGUAUUUUUGCCUCAUUAGAUCCUUUUUUACCUUAAUAAGAUGCCUGAUUUUGUAACUAUGAUCCCAAAAGUGCCUUUAAAGGUCCAUAACAAUCGUUAAAGAAGUGGACAGAUCCAAAGAUGACACAGAUUUAUAUCUAACAAAGAGAUAGUAUUUAUCGUAUAUGCAAAUAGGGUAUGAAUAUAAUUACUAUAUGUUUUUGUGAAAAAUAUGCAGCUAUUAAGUGAAACAUCCCACUCAGAAAGAUCUUAAGGGUUUGGUUCAGGGUUUUUCAGAGGCCUGUCUGACCAGAUAAAUGUUCCUUUAUAAUGCUCUAUUUUUAGUGUGUUCUCAUUAGAAACAGACAGCUGCUCUUAAACAUUUAUACGCAAUGUUAGUUCAAGUUAAUGAACAACCAAGACACUAACAGAUUCAAACCACAGAUUGUGUGAAAAUCUUGAAAGGCCUUUGUGAAACCCUGAACCCUCCCUCUGAAAGUCCUCAUUGAAGCCUCAUGAGUCUUUUGAAGGACUUGAGGAUUAAAAUGUUACCCAAAGGGAUUUCUUGUUAGGAGCCUUUAAUGCCAAAGUUGUAAUUAGCUUGAAGUAGAAUUUCACAACGAUGCUGUCCAACACUAUGGAAAAGCCAUUCAGUCGAUGCAAUCCUGUUUUUGUUUUCUGUUUGCUUUUUUUAAAAUAAUGCUGAGUAAAAUUGUUUUUCCCAGUGA